GAGGCGGAGGUGGGGGCGGGCCGGGGCGCACGCGCCGCCCGGUGCGGGGCGAUCGCGCCGCUUCGUUACAUUGUAUCCGCCGGCGGCGCGAGAACAAUAGGCGCCGCCGCCGCCCGCCGGCCCUGGGCGCUGCGGCCGCCGCCCGCCCGGUGUCCCGUACUCGCUGCCCGCCCCGGUAUUCGCGGGACCUUCAUGCGCUUCCCCUUACCUCGCCUGGGGUGCGCGCCUGCCCCGGAACAGGGCUGCCACUGUUGAGUCUGUGGGAGUAUGAAUCAGCAGCAGCAGAGAAUGGCUGCAGUUGGGACAGACAAAGAGCUCAGUGACCUGCUGGACUUCAGUAUGAUGUUUCCCCUGCCAGUGGCUAAUGGAAAAAACAGACCCACGACCCUAGCAAGCACUCAGUUUGGAGGAUCAGGUUUGGAUGAAAGACCAGGAUCAGGUUCCUGGGGAACAGGAGAUCAAAACAGCUCCACGUUUGACCAAGGCAGGAGCUAUGGUGAAGGCUCUCACUACAGCGAGCACCGGGACCUGCCGGCUCACAACAGCUUGGCUUCAUCACCAUUCCUGGGAGCUGGACUAGUGGGGAAGGGCAGUGACAGAGCCUCCUACUCCACAUUCGGCAGAGACACAGGGAUCCCAGGACUCAACCAGACUGGUUUCCUGCCCAGUGAGAUGGGGAUCACCAGCCCAAGCACACUGUCCCCCACAGGGGUGAAAGGAGGAUCCCAGUAUUUUUCUUACCCCAACAAUCCUCGCAGGAGAGGUGCUGAGAGCAACAUAGAUGGACAGACCAAGAAGGUUCGCAAGGUGCCUCCUGGACUCCCCUCCUCAGUGUAUCCAUCCAACUCAGGUGAUGACUACAGCAGGGAUCCAGCUGGAUAUACUCCCUCAAAGCCUCCCAGCACUGUGUAUCCCGGAGCCUUUUACAUGGCAGAUGGGCUCCAUAACUCGCCAGACCUGUGGAGUUCACCAGGUGCCAUGAGCCAGUCGGGUUACGGGGCCAUGCUGGGCAGCUCCUCCUCCCCACUCCCGCAGUCUGGUGGCUUCAACAGUUUACAUCAGCAUGAACGCAUGAACUACCAGCUGCAUUCAGGGGAGGUGAACGGGGCACUGCCCUCUGUGUCUGGCUUCUCUUCGGCCUCUGCGCCCUAUGGCGUCUCCAGCCACACGCCCCCGAUCAGCGGCACUGACACCAUGAUGGGUACCAGAGGAACCACAGCUGGGAGCUCUGGGGACGCACUUGGGAAGGCACUAGCUUCAAUCUAUUCCCCUGAUCAUUCUAGCAAUAAUUUCUCCUCAAACCCCUCCACGCCAGUUGGCUCCCCCCAGGGGCUUGCAGGCACGUCGCAGUGGCCGCGGGCAAGCGCGCAAAGUGCCGGUGCCUUAUCUCCCAGCUACGAAGGGAGCCUCCACACCUUACAAAACAAGAUGGAAGAUAGGUUGGAUGAAGCCAUCCAUGUGCUGAGGAAUCACGCCGUGGGCCAGACCGCUGCCAUGUCAAGCAACCACAGUGAUAUGCACGGGCUGCUGGGCUCAGCACCAGCUCACAGUGCUACCGUGGGCAGCCUGGGCCAGGCCUUCCCUGCUUCGGUCAUGUCCCUGGGAAGCAGACAUCCAGGCCUGGUGGGAGGAGGUCACCCCGAGGAUGGGUUGUCCAGCAACCCCAGCAUGCUCCACAACCACGUCUCACUUCCGUCCCAGCCCAGCUCCCUCCCUGACCUCAGCAGACAGCAGGACACAUACAGCGCAGGCUUGUCAGGGGGGCUGGGCAGAAGCAGUGUCUCCUCGGGCACCAGCGAAAUAAAGAGGGAAGAAAAGGAGGACGAGGAGAACACAUCAGUGGCAGAUAACUCUGAGGAGGAGAAGAAGGAGCUGAAGCCCUCCCGGAACAGAACAAGUCAAGAUGAGGAUGAGGAGGACGAUCUUCUUCCCCCAGAGCAAAAAGCCGAGAGAGAGAGAGAGAGGAGGGUCGCCAAUAAUGCCCGCGAGCGCCUGCGGGUCCGGGACAUCAACGAGGCCUUUAAAGAGCUCGGACGCAUGUGCCAGCUGCACCUAAACAGCGAAAAACCGCAGACCAAACUGCUAAUCCUCCACCAGGCCGUAUCAGUCAUACUGAACCUGGAGCAACAAGUCCGAGAGCGCAACCUGAACCCUAAAGCAGCCUGCUUGAAGCGUCGGGAAGAGGAGAAAGUGUCCGGAGUGGUAGGAGAUCCCCAGAUGACACUUUCAGCUUCACAUCCUGGUCUAGGAGAUGGUCACAACCCUGUUGGACACAUGUAAAGAUCUUUUUGUUCCUCUGGACACAGAGAUCUGUAGGAAGAAAUAAACCCUGGGUGUGACCUGCAAGCUUCUCCAACCAUAAACUGUAGUACUGCAAAUACUGACACAAGGUGGACGGAUCCUGGCUUGACGUAAGAGGGUGGAAACCAGUCAUAAAAAAAACAAAAACAAAAACAUUUUUUUGGUCAAGAAAAUGAAAAGACAAACGAAAAAAAAAGAAUUGCCUUAAGUAUGAAAAGUGCAGAACAGUCAAUACAUAUCACUCAGUUAGGAGGGGGUGGAGCAUUCUCUUGGCUUGUUCACAAGCAGCCAGCAGCAAAAUUGUGCCUAAGCUUGAGAUAUUUGUUUUUUGGGGAGGGGUUUUGGUUUUGUUGGGUUUUUUGGUGUGGCUUUGUUUUUUUAAAAAACAAACAAACAAACAAAAAAAAGCAUUAGCUAUGAGAUUUUUUUUAAUGUAGAACAAAUAGCAAAAUGCCUUUUGGCUUGUUUUUAUUUGGGUUGGGUUUUUUUUAAGCUUCUUUUGCAUAUGUUUUAUAAGCAACGAAAAGGAAUUUUUUUUUUAUGAAAACCACAACAAAACAUGUCUUGUACCCCUCCCCCCCUCCCCCUAUGCUUUUUUUGCUGCUGUUUCUCUAGUUAAAAGUUGUUGCAUCUUUAGGAUCAACCAGAAUUAUUAAAAUUGUAUUAAGAGAGACUGGAUAUAAAGAGAGGAAUUCUCAGAUUUGGGCUCAGAAAGCCACUAAAAGCGAAUGUAGCCACAGGGAAGAGAGAUCCUUCCUCACCUGGCUUGUACCUUCCAUUGUAAAAAAACAACUCGCUCCUGUGCUGAAUUUGCCAGCUCUUCGCUUUGGCCACUUGGGAUUUGGGAAAAGGAAGACAAAACAGCAAAGCAAAUUGCACCAGCAGCAGCAAUGUCCCCUCAGAGCUGCUCCCGCUCCUCCCAGGAGGUGCCCAAGCUCUAGCCAGGGGCUCUGCACAUUUGCAAUACUGCUGGACUACCCUAGAGGCUGCAGCCCCGCCUGGGAGAGGAGGUGCUCCACAGGGAGAGAGCAGGUCUUGGGAGGGUGGAAGAGAACUGGGGUGCUCUUGUGGUGAGCAGAGCAGUGAUGCAGAUGGAAGAGGAAGGCCCAGGUCACAGGAAGUGCCUCUUGCCUAUGCGUCCGACCCUGGUGCUACCUGUCAGAGGACCUUCCAGGGCAGCGCUGAACAAAGAGGAACUGAACAAAGCUGCAGGGCUGGGAAGAGGCAGAAGUGGACAGAGCCAACACAGUGGCAGCAGAUGGACCUAUGGACACUGGUAGCAGAAAGGGAAGCAGCUACCCAGCAUGCACUUGCUCCAGCCUCAGCAAGCCAGGACUGGUAGCAGUAUGCCAGCUUGACACAGCUUCUCCCCAUGCUGGAGCCACCACCAUCAACAUCAACGGGCAGAGUGCUGCAGGCCUCGGGGCAGAGGUGUUUUCACAGCACAUCUUCACCACUCCUACCUCCAGAGCAUCCUUGCAGGGAAACCCUGGGGGCACAGAGCAGCCACUGUCACCUGCAUUGUCAACUGUUCCCCUCUCCAUGCUGCCAAGGAGGCGAGCCAUGAGUGCCCAUCUUGAAUGAGGUGCUCCAGCAGCCAAGCUGGGCCAAGGAUCUCUUCACUCCGAGUGCUUCCCAGUGUCACUCCAGACCACCCCAGUGUGCUUAGCGGGAGGAAGACCCCAGCAACCCCAACACAGGGUGCCCCGGAGGUGUGGAAGCAAGCAAAGAGGUGUUGGGCAACACUGAGCUGUGACAGCUGCUCUGGAGAUGGCAGUGAAAGAACAUCCAGCAGGAGUUUGUUCUUGUUUCUUCUGUCUCCUUCCCCUCCUGAAACAUUCUGUGCCUGGUUCUGCCCAGUUCUGAAGGCAGAUGGUGUCAGCUCCCAGGGGCAUCUGACACAGCAGUGGCUCUUGGACUGGGGCUGGCUGCUGUCCAGAUCUGCCUGGCGGUGCCCAGUCAGGAGAGUAGUUGAUGGGACAUGAGUGCUGGCUUGGGGGUUGCAGGGGCAGUGAGUAUUCAGGACGCCCCAGCUUCAGCAUCCAUCUCUGUGUUCCUCUGGCCUGUGCUCCUAGGGAAGCUGCAUUACUUUGGCAUGGGACAGGCAAGGACUGACCACCAGUAUCGGGUCCUGUGAUGCUUCUUAGCAUCCCUUAGGUUUUGGCAUCACCUCCUGGUGCUCCUCAUUCUGCUCAGGAGGUUGCUCAUCUCCCACCCACAGCUGGGUACCAUGGGCUUAGCCCCUCUGACAUCUCAGAGAGGAACCAUGGAGCAGAAUGAGACCUCUCCCUGCUGCCCUGGCACCAGCACUGCCCCAGGGCUCUGCAAGCUCCAGCCACAGCUCUGGGACAUUCAGGUGUUCCUGGCUUUACCUGCCCAUAUCCCCCCUGCUGCCACCAUCACUUCUGUGUAGUGAGACCUGAGAGCACAGCAGCUUCCAGCUCUCGCCUGUGACAACAGCCUUCUUCCAGCCUCAUUCACUGGUCAGGUUACAGCUCUCUGCCCUCCCCUGGCUCCUGCAUGCUUCAGCAUGGAGCAGCCUGGGAUGGGUGAGGCUCCCCCUGCCUCGUGUGACAGCCUUGACCUCUGGAGCAGCUCUCUUGCAGCAGCAGCCUCAUCUUCCUGCAGUGUCCUGACAGUUCUCCAGAAGCUGCAGCAAGCUCAGUCUGAGGGUGGCAAAACACACAGGGAGGGGGCAGUGCCCCUCUGCAGCCCACAGCUGGGGCUGGAUGCUCUGACAACCCCAGUUCAUGCCCCAGGGCAGACACUGGGGGCUAAUCAGCUUCUCCCUGCAGACUGGAAGAAGCUGCUCCCUCUGCCCUGCUUCAGGUCAGUGCCAAGGCUGAGCAUUUGCUGCCCAGGGUGUCCUGCUGGCUCUGUGCCACCACUCCAGGACCCAGAGAGGGAAUGGAGCAAUGCCUUAGCCCUAACAAGCUUGAAACCAUACAAACGAAUUCAGAAGUGCUUCCCCACCACUCUGGCUUUGCAACAAGAACAUGAGGUAGCAGUCAGGGACAGCUGGAUGCAAAGAAAAAGAGAACCCCAGAGACUCAACAGAACAGGGAAGUGGAGAAGAGUCCUCAUUUGCUCAAAGUUUUGCUGAACUCCUUCAAUACCCUCCAAGUCCUGGCUGAUGUUCUGCAGGCCAGGGGGACCCCUGAAGAGAAUGAGUCUUUCCCAUCACUCCCAAGCCCCCCGGCACCAAGCAGAGAUGGAGCUUUUCAUCUGCACGUUGGUGGUUUAUGUGCUGCAUUCUUAUCUGCAAAACCUUGGCAAGGCUUGGGCAGAGCUCUUGGGGCAUCAACUCCCAAUGGCAUGGUCUGGAGGAAGUUUUGGCUCCUCCAGCCAAGGAAGGUGCAAUGUCAGGAGCUGGGAGUGCUGUGCCUCAAGUGUUUUUUGUGCCAACCCCAUGCAGUCUUGGUGGAAUCUAUGUGGAGGCAGCAGCUGCAGAGUCCAGCAAAGGGAAAUUACUUUGGCUUGCCCCUGCAUUGCACUAGAUGGUGCCUACCAGCUGCUAGGGAGAGAUGCUUUUCUGGCAUGGAGCACUGCCAGGUGCUGCUCCCCGAGUGCCACCUGCAAGAGAGCCUGUUGCAGUGAAACCUGCACCCUCCCCAGCUCACAUCUCUGAUGCCAUUUAGCCCUGGGAUCUUCCAGAGCACUUCUGUUUCCAAACUUCUCUGCUUGUCCCAGGUACCUUUGUCACAGAUAGGUGAUGUGCUGCAGGGUGCCAUUCAGCUUUCUGCUUCCUCUCAGUCUGGCACAUGUGAGUUCUCCUGGGCUGCAUAUCUCUCAUUGCUGGGAGCCACAGACCCCCCCCGAAAUCUUCCUUCAUCAGGUCAGUACGGAGGCUGCCUCCUUCUAGCUGCGUGUUCUGUGUUCUCUCUUCUGGCUGAGCUGCAUCACGGUUGAGCAGCAGAGGUGGGAUCUCAGGGGGACAGCUGUCAUGGGAAAGCCCCUGGGACGCCUCUCCUCUUCCCUCCCCCUCAGCAGCCCCCUGCACAUCCUGCCCAGAGCUGUGCACGCUGCCAGGUGCUGGGGAGUGUCUGGAAUCCAGCUUAUAACAGUAAAAAAUUGCAGCUUUUUUUCUUCUUUCUCCCUCUUCACCUGCCCUAGAGCAAAACAGCUGCAGCAUCCCCAGCACUUUUCUACGUGGAGGGGAGGUGGUGGCUGUCUGCUCCUGCUCCUGCUCACAACCCUGGGCAGCAGAAUUCCAGCUCAGCCCUGCCUUGGCAGUCACUCCUCUGCCUCUGACCUGCCAGCCAGAUCUCACAGCCCAGCAAGUGCCUGGCUCCAGUUCAGCUCCAGCUCUUUGCCAACAGCUCCAGAGGCUCUCUGCUCCUCUGCUUUCACAGCUUGCACUGGUAUCCUUGGUGGGGGGUGCUGGUGGAAGAGACAGGACAUGGGACAUCUGGAUCCCACUCUGUGCCACUCCUGUCUACACUGAACUCUGGCUGGGAGUCAGGAGAGGCAGGAAUUGGGGCAGUGGAGUUAGGUGAGCACCCCAGGAUCCCACAUCUGGCUGUGGGGAGCAAAUCCGUGCAGUGGGGUCACCUUGCUGCCCCCUCUCUAUGCACCAUCACUCCAGAAGGGGUUUGGCUGAUUUGCUGUUGGAGUUUUGCUCUUUCCAGCAGAGAAUUGCAGAAGUGUGAUGUGAAACCUGCCUAUCUGUGACCAGUAAGCAGCUUUGGCCCCCAGCCCACGUGAUGAGCCAGUGGUUUCCUAGAGGUGCUCUCCCUGCCUGGCCAUGGUUGGGCAGCAAGAGGACAGAGGCAGGCUGGGACUUCCCUAGGAGUCUGCAGUUUCAGGUUGGCUGCAGAAGCUCCUUUCAAAGGUCUUUUGUGUCUCAUUCUUGUACCCACUGAAGCCAGCAGAGCCUUUGGGCCUUGGGACCUUGCAGCUCAUCUUCCCUCUCAGCAGCUUGGGGGUGCCAUGAGAAGCAGGAGGUUUUUGACACCCCCAAUCCCCUCAUGCCUGAGCUCUGCUCCCCUGGGGAGGCUGUUAAGAUCAGUGCCAGUGAAGCCCAUGGUCCUCCCUGCUGGUGCCUCUGGACCAGCUCCAGUUUUGGUGAUAUCCUGGGCUGGGGUUUUAGAAAGGAGGUGAACAAAGCCUGGGUGGUUCUGGAGCUGGGCCAGGCCAAGUCCCCACCCUGAGGUGCAGGGCUGGCUAAGCUGGAGCAAGCCAUGGGCCACUGUGCCCUGUUCCUGCUCAACACCAGCAACAGCAAAACCUAUUCUCCACACCACAGCUUGCAUGAAGUCUUUGCCCUCUUGAAGCCUAUGCAACCUCCUCCCCUCUCCCCAGGGCUCUCCAGAUCCCAGUCCAGCCAGUUCUUUCUGUUCUUGCUCAUGGCUGCUGAGUUCCUGCUCCCUAGUGCUCUCAGGGCCCAGCUUCGCUUCCAGCAGCUCCAAAAGCAUUUCAAGACCUAUGCCCUGGAGCUGGGGGGUGGACAAAAGCUGAGACUGCUGGAACAUCUCUGCCAACGCAUGCUGCAGUUCCUGAGCACUGAACUGCUCUGUCCUAGGGCUUCUCCAUUCACCCUUCAACCCUCCCGUGCCUUCUGUUUGAUGCUUCAUCGCUCACUGCCAGCAUCCUUCACCUUGCACCAUCUUCUCCGGUACCCCUGAGUGGAGAAGCUGGGUCCCAGCUCCUUGCUGCCUGGCUCUGUGGACGUCUGUCAGUCUGGACUUGGCUUGCCUGAUCUUCCUUCAACCUCCUCAAGGUUCAGGGUGUGCUUUCCAUCCUGCACUGCCUGGUGUCUCCAGCCAGCACCUCUGGGGUGUUUCCUUUGUGCACAGCCACUGUGAGUUUCCUCACAGGGCAGAACCAUGCUCCCAGCUGCCUGUCUGCUGGGACAGAGGAGGGAGGGUUUGGGAGGUGGCUGCUGCAGCCAGAUUGCUUCCUGUUCUGCUGCUCCUGGGGCAGGUCUGGAGUUGCCCUGGUUUGACCUUGAGGGCAGUUCACCCUUUUGGAGAGCCAGCAGCUGCAGUGCCUUUGUCUGGAGGGCUCCCGUAGAGGUGGCCUCUGCUCUGUGCCUAGGAGGGUGGCUUCUGGCAAACCUCCCGGCUCCAUCCUGCAUCCUUCAGGGCCAAGGGAGAGCUCUGCCAUGGGUCUCCACGGUGCUGUUCCCUCUGUCUCUUGCUCCUCAGGUCUUGCAGUACCCACUCUGGUCCAGCCAAGCCCCACCCUGUCAGAAGGAGAGGGACUAAAACUCGACUGAUGCCCAGUUACACCUUGUGGGCACUAUUGUGGGAGUGCAAAGGAGUUUGUGCUUCAGACUGGGCUGUGGUGGGUGCUGAGGAGCAUCCCCGUGUCCAGGAGAGCCUUGGAGCUCCCCUGACAGCUCCAGCAGCACCAAGCUGGGGCACCGCAGGUGGCCCUCUGCUCUAUGUGUCGUCUUCCCAACCCCCUUGAAACCCACCAGCGUUGGGGGCAAACGUUGUAACCUAGGGCCUUGUGGGGGGAGGGGGGGGGAGGAAGAGGAGGGGAAGGGAAGGAGCUGUGGGGAGCCUUUACCUUCCUGUCAGCCAUGGUUAAUCCCCUGGCAAAGGAGAGAGGAGAAGGGCACCUGCAGGAGCAGGGGAGGGGUGACCCCCCAACCAGGCAUCGGGAAGUGAGAGUGCUCCAGCUUUGGUGGGGCACAAGCAUUCCUGGGGGGGCUCUUUCUAUAUAUUUUUGUAGGAUUUGGGGGUGGGGGGAGAGCAGAAGGGAGAUGCCUGCAGACUUUGUUUAUUUCGCAACCCCAUAGAAAAUUUUGGGUUGGUUUUGUUGAGUUUUUGGAGGUGGGGCUGGGGUUUUUUGUUUGUUUUUUGGCCUUUAAACCCCCCCUGGUCCUUGCUUUUUGGGAUGUUUAUGCUGCCUAUCUGUAAAUCCAGAUGUACUUAAAGUGGCUGAAAUCCUUGUUCUUAAAUCAGAUACACAUUAUAGUUUUGAACUAUAUAUAUAGUAUAUAUAUAUAUAUAUAUGCCUAGCCCAGCAAAAAAAAAAAAAAAGUAAAAUAUUUGGGGGUGGGGGAAACUGAGUUGUCCUUUGAAAUGAAUCACAAUGAUGGGAUAUUAAAAAAAAAAGUGUUUCUGAGUGCCUCAAGAUAAUGAAUUGUUUUCCUUUUUUAAAAGUAAUUUUAUACAAGUGUCAAAAAAAGAGAAGAAGCCCACAGCAGCAGGAACCCCACAGCUGGCUGGAUUAUUUGGAAUUUUAAAAUAGUCCUUAACUUUUUUAAAAGUAGAUUUUGAGAACUGUCCUGUAUAUAACAGUAAUGUAGCAAUAAAUGUGACAUUUUAUAACAAUA